CACCAAUAAUUCUAGCUGACUAGGUCGGCAUAUCCCGAGGAUGUGACAUAUAUCUUCGUGUGAUGUUUACACUUUGUUACAGUUCUUUGUCUCUGAGAGCAUAAUAAAUCAUGAUGUCUGGGGCAUAGACACAUAUAUUUUUGUAUAAGAAACAUUGCCAUCAUACAAUUUUUGGAUCAAGAAUUUUCGGGUUCAACAUUUUCAGAACUUUUUUUUGUUUCUUGUUUUAUUCAGCACUCGAAAUAGCCGAGGCGGCUCAUACGAAAACUCCAGGAUAAGGUAUCCGGUAGGUCUACAGAGCAGCAGCCAUGGUGUUGAUCCUGGGCAGACGGCUGAACAGGGAGGACUCUGGGACCCGGGACUCCCCCGCCGUCAAACGAAAGGUGUUCGAGGUGGACUCCAAGACGCUGACCGGUAAUGAAGUGCUGGACUUCUCCUCCGGCUCCUCCCACUCAGAGGCCAUUCUGCAGGUGUUCAARGAGUUCCGCGACAGCCGCCUCUUCACCGACGUGGUCAUCAGCGUGCAGGGCCGCGAGUUCCCCUGCCACCGCGCCGUGCUCUCUGCCUGCUCCUCCUACUUCCGCGCGAUGUUCUGCAACGACCACCGCGAGUCACGCGAGAUGCUGGUGGAGAUCAACGGCAUCCUGGCCGAGGCCAUGGACUCCUUCCUCAGCUACGUCUACACGGGCCGKGCCAAGAUCACKACCGACAACGUGCAGUUCCUGUUCGAGACCUCCAGCCUCUUCCAGAUCUCUACGCUGCGUGAAGCCUGCGCCAAGUUCCUAGAAGACCAACUAGACCCUUGCAACUGCUUGGGCAUCCAGCGCUUCGCAGAUGCCCACUCUCUGAAACAGCUGGCCAGCCGCUGCCGCUCGUACGCCCUGGCCAACUUCCCUGACGUGGCCCAACACGAGGAGUUCCUGGACCUGAGGAGGGACGAGCUGGAGGAGUACAUCUGCAGUGACGAACUGGCCAUCGGGAAGGAGGAGGUGGUGUUUGAGGCGGUGAUGCGCUGGGUGUACCACAGUGUGGAGCCCCGGAGGCCCGUGCUUAAAGAACUGUUGCACCACGUCCGUCUGCCCCUGCUGCACCCSAACUACUUUGUCCAGACAGUGGAAGGAGAUCAGAUCAUCCAGACCGCUCCAGAGUGCUACCAGCUCCUCCACGAGGCCCGACGGUACCACGUACUGGGCAACGAGAUGAUGUCACCCAGAACYCGCCCACGCAGGUCGACGGGCUUCUCAGAGGUGAUCGUGGUGGUGGGGGGCUGUGAGAGGGUGGGGGGGUUCAACCUGCCUUACACAGAGUGUUACGACCCUGUGACAGGGGAGUGGAAGUCCCUGGCCAAGCUCCCGGAGUUCACCAAGUCAGAGUACGCCGUCUGUGCCCUCCGCAARGACAUCCUGGUCUCAGGGGGCCGUAUCAACGGCAGAGACGUGUGGAUGUACAACUCUCAGCUCAACCUAUGGAUCAGAGUUGCUUCACUCAACAAAGGACGCUGGAGACACAAGAUGGUGGUCCUACUGGGGAAGGUCUAUGCAGUGGGAGGGUAUGACGGUCAGAGUCGUCUGAGCAGUGUGGAGUGCUAUGACUCCUUCUCUAACCGCUGGACAGAGGUGGCUCCCAUGAAGGAGGCGGUCAGUUCUCCGGCCGUGUCCAGCUGUGCUGGGAAGCUCUUUGUCAUCGGGGGAGGGCCCGAUGACAACACUUGCUCUGAUAAGGUCCAGUGCUACGAUCCAGAGGCAGACACCUGGGCGCUAAGGGCAAGCAUCCCCAUCGCUAAGCGCUGCAUCACGGCGGUCUCCCUGAACAACCUGAUCUACGUGUCAGGUGGUCUAACCAAGUCUAUCUUCUGCUACGACCCCGCAGAGGACUACUGGAUGCACGUGGUGCACACCUUCAGCAAGCAGGAGAGCUGUGGAAUGUCGGUGUGUAAUGGGAAGAUCUUCAUCCUGGGUGGGCGGGGUGAGAACGGCGAGGCCUCUGACACCAUCCUGUGUUACGACCCGGCAACGGGCAUCAUCACCGGCGUGGCGGCCAUGCCUCGCCCCAUCUCUUACCACGGCUGUGUCACCAUCCAUCGUUACAACGAGAAGUUCCACCACCGGCCCUGACCACACAAACACACUCACAKACACACAGGCRUGUACAUAAACAUGCUUUAAAAGACAUUCACUCACACAAACAUUUUCUUUAGACACUCGCUCUCUAAAAAGGGUGCAAA